AUGCCUCCAGCUCCCAUUCUCCAAAGCACCGCCGACUGGACGGGCCUCGAUUAUCUCCUCCACGGAGGCUGUCACUGCGGCCGCAACCGUUACAUCGUCCAGCUCCCUAAGGACCCGGAUAUCCGCCGUCAAGCCCAAGUCAUUAUCCAUCGCUCCUCUCCGCCAUCCCUAACAGGCCUCCUCCCCCUCUACCUGCGUAUCCCCUUAACCUGGUACCACAGCCAGACGAUCCCGCUGCACUCCAACGAAUCACCAACUCAGAUCCGUGUCGUGUAUGAGCCACCUGCCGUCACUCUCCAAGCAAACUCUCAACCUUUUGAGACUGGCACGACCACAACCACGACCGAAAAGCGCUACUUCUGCGGCUUCUGCGGCACGCCCCUCGCCUUCUGGCACGAAUCCCCCGCCGACGAAGCCGACUACAUCCAGCUCGCACUGGGGAGCCUCUCGCCGGGGGAUUUAACUGAUUUGGAGGAGUUGGGGCUCGUUCCUGAUCUAGGUUCCAAUCCAGCCUCUGGGGAGAUUGAUGCCUACGCCAGGGAGAACCCUGCUGAAGGGGACAAGGCCAUCAAGAAAGGUAAGGGGUUGUCAUGGCUGGACCAGUGGCUUGAGGAGAGUAGGUUUGGGACGUUGAGACGGGCAACUGGGGGUGAGGAAACGAGGACAGAGUCGGGGACGGUAAGGGUUGAGUGGGAGGUUAUGGAGUGGGCUCCGGGAGAAGGGGAGGGAGAGUGGGGCGAGUGCUUAGGGAAGAGGAAGUUCCAGGAGGUUGAGGGUGGUGGUGGGCUUCAGGAGAGGCCGAGAGGGUAA